AUGCAACCCGAGUCCUCAGCAGUACAAAAGACGCCUUUCCCAGACUCACCCCCAACCGAUUCAAGUCCAAUCCAGUAUGGAAAUGAUUCUGAAGCCGGCCCAGUUUCUGGUGCUCUCCACCCAGAGAGGCACCAGGAGUCAACUGGGCGGGUCUGGUCUACGCCAGAACAAAAUGAUACGCCCCUGAAGGAUACUGGAUCAACCCCGCCUUCGGCCCACCGAGUCAGCCAAUAUGAAGAUGCUUGCAUGCUAGGAAGGAAGAAUCUAGAACCUAGACUUCAAGUUUUAGCUGGUGCACAGUCUAAAAUCCCCUUUGAAACGCUUCCGAAUGAGGUUCUCACCCACAUCCUGUCGCAUCUGCCACCGCAAUCUCUCUCGGAUAUUACACUAGUAUCUCGUCGCCUUCAUUCGCUUGUGACCACUCCCCAUGCCUGGAGAAGUGCUUUUUCGCGGUUUUUCCCAGGACCUCAAGCCCUUGAAGAUGCGCGCAGUGUGGACCUCAGGAAUUCAGUGGAUCAAGCGUCAGAUAGACGGUACUUUGCGCGGCUUACAGCGCUUGCAUCUUGGCGUAGCGAAUACAUUUUACGCACUCGGCUGAUGCGGUCCCUAUCUCGAGGUAAACCCGUGGAGUUUCCAUCCAAGAAACCUGGUCCUGUUCACUCGGCAACAUCGCGCAACGGAAGCGCAGUCUCAACAUAUACGUCGCAACUGCUGUUUCCUGUGAGUCGGAUGCAUGGGUCUUUCAACAACCCCGAGAAGGGACCGACCUUCAUUCAUGGCGCUUCGGAACAAGGCAUUGCUUCAGCCAGUGACCCGGCGGCGGUUAAAGUGAGUUCCUGGGGCUUGUCAGAUCAUCAGAUGUUUCGACAUUUUGCAGACAUGUUCCCAGGAGAUGCGCCGUAUGGUCUUGGGGCUGGUGAAAUGGUUGGGACGUCCAACUCAAUGGAUGUCAGCCAGCCAUAUGGCAUGAUCUAUGGUGAAGGGUGUCCACAAGGCCGCAGCUAUUUUAUUUCAAGCACGGAACAGCGAGGGCGCUUUCUAGGAAUCUCAGACUUGGGAUCUCACCCUAAAAGUGGUAUUCCUGCUUCAAACAUGAUUACUCAUGCUAUUUGCUCGGUUUGGAUUGCCAAGUCAUCAUCGAUUCUCAAGACCACUGGAGGGCUUGUAGCGAUGAUGACUGGUUCAUCUUCCGGCUUGCUCACAGCCUACGCGCUUGGCCCUCAUCCCACAUACGGCAAACGGUAUGAGCGAGGUCAAGUAACUGCCCGAUGGGUUUUGUGCCCCGGUGUACCGAUUAUCGGAAUCGCCAUUGAUGACAAUUACUCACCCAGCCGCAACUCACAACACCGUGUAUGGGCCGUUGUUCUCAACGCACUUGGUGAAAUCUUUUACCUUACAGAUCUACCAAUCCAGCCAGAAGUCUCUUCGACCAGUUUGACUGCCGAACAGUAUGAUGAACUUGCAUGGAAAACUGGCCGGAGUGUUCGUUGGGAACUCGUUGAACUCAGUCGACGAACAGCUCGCCCAGACCCUUUUAACCGCGAACUUGUUGAUGGAAGUUACAGCCCACGGACCUCUUCGGAUUCCAUGCGACUAAGUGAAGAUCAAAUUGCUGCGGAGACAAAGGAAAUUGAAAAAUUCCUUUCCUUCAAACCAAAGCAUUUUCGCAAGGUUUGUGAAGGGUGGAAUAUGCAACGAGACUUGCAAGUUGACUUUGCAGGUGACGAUGGGCGUGGAUCUGGAGAAUCCGUCAUCGUCAUCGCUCGAGGUGCCGAUGAAUCUGAGAAAGCAUCCAUCCGACGAUAUAUUCGAGCUACUCCCAAAUCCGACGUCAAGUCAGUUUCGGGAACGUCAUAUCAGGAGCAGCCUCGUUCUUUGUUUGGAGGACCAAUUGGAUCCUCAACUCCGGCCAGCAUACCAGCGUCUCCUUCAUCAGGUCGCCUACAUGGCCCGGCACAGAACGACUCUGAAUGGAAAAUCUCGAACUUCGUAUUUGGCGACCGCAAGUCGGUUGAAGUCACCAUUUCCGCCCUAGACAAUUCUAUGUUUGCCACUCUUGCAAUGGGAGAAGAUCCAUUGUUGGCGAUGUCUCAGAGCUCAUUUUCAUCUGCAACAUCCUCGCCUAUGUUACCCCACAUGGAACAGCCGCGAUCGAGCCUUGAAGUUCCCGGACAACGUGCGCGAUAUCUGGCCGUGGGUACAGCGAGUGGGUCAAUAUACAUCUGGGAUAUCCGCGCACUGGCAGCUCGCAACGUAGAUGUUAUCAAUUCUGUAUCGCCUCUCAGAAUCAUUCAAACUGACUCACCGCAAAUUUCCUGCGUGGCCCUAACAUCUUUGUACUUAGUACACGGUGGAAAUGAUGGCCUCGUGCAGGCUUGGGAUCCCUUGGCUUCAACAACGCGCCCAAUUCGAACAAUUAACUCCAGGUUUUCAUCUCGGGCGCGUCGCCGCUUGGUACAGGCCGAAGCCACGAUGCAUGGCGUGGGGAAUAAUUUUUUCGCUGCGGGUGCUAUUUCCUUAGAUCCCGACCCAACAAUCCUCAGGGGAAUGGUCUCUCUUGGCACUCAUCUCCGUUAUUGGUCAUACAGCUCAAGUGGCGCAGAUCAAUACAAGAGUAACAAGCGCCGACUCCGACAUACGCUCCGCGGUAAUAACGCUGCUGGUGGAGGACAGCGGUUUAAUACAAGUGGCCGGGGCGCAAUCCAUGACUUCAUCGCAGACGAGCAAGUUGAAAUUGAACGGCAGAAGAUUGAAGAUGAUGAAAAACAUGCACACUUGAGUACACGUUUUGGAGUAGACCUUCUUGGUCCCGAUAUCGACGAAGAACAACUUCUAGCUUAUGCCCAACUCCUCAGUCAAGAAGCUUACAGCGGAAACGGACAGAAGGGCGAGCAAGAUCAGCCCACCAUCGCAAGUUCCGUCAGUACUUCGCUCAGUGACCAUGCCGGGCCCAGCCCAUUUGGUAUCGAUGAGAUGUCAUCUUCCUCCUCGCCGUAUCAAGAACCUGCAGAUGAUACAGAUGUAGAUGAUGAUCUUGCUGAAGCUAUCCGUCUGAGCCUUCUCAACGAUAAGCCGGAUACUAGCGCUCCGAUAGAUCAAACACCAUCUAUACCCAUAAAGUAUGCGAAGGGUGUGAAAAGGCACUCGCCUUCUCCUAGUAUACCUGACGGAGAAAGUAGUCGACAGAAAGAGAUGGACGACCUCGAAUUUGCCAUUCAGUUGAGCUUAGCUGAGGAUCAGAGUCGUGAAAUCCAGGAAUGGGAAGAGUUCCCUGUCCUCCCCCCGGGAUCUUCACAGGAAUCUAGCAAUUACGAGGACAAAGGCAAGGGCAAAGCGAGAGCUAUUUAG